AUGAGUAAAAUCAUUCCUUCCGUCGCUAAGCUUCUGGCCGGUAAUACGGUUGCGAAAGUGGGUGCCCCAGUUGCAACGACUUCUAGUGCAAAAUACAGUACGAAGAGUGAAGCUUCAUUUGAAAUCAAGCCUUUCAAACUCCAUAAAUUGGAGAAAGGCCCUGCCACAACAGCUACCCUAACAAGUGAAGAUGCCCUCAAACUGUAUGAACAAUUGGCGAUUCUGCGUCGUAUUGAAACCGCUUCCGGCAACUUGUACAGGGAGAAGAUCAUCCGUGGUUUCUGUCACUUAUACUCGGGUCAGGAGGCUGUAGCCGUGGGAAUGCGUGCUGCGAUGCGAGAUAUAGACACUGUGAUCACUGCAUACCGAUGCCACGGCUGGACCUAUCUAAUGGGUGCUAGUGUACUUGGUGUUCUUUCCGAACUCACUGGCCGCAGGACAGGAGUAUCACGAGGCAAAGGAGGCUCUAUGCAUUUGUAUGCAAAGAAUUUCUAUGGUGGCAACGGCAUUGUUGGAGCUCAAGUGCCGUUGGGAGCUGGUAUAGGUUUCGCGCACAAAUACAAAGGCGAUGGCGGAGUAAACUUUGCAUUGUACGGCGACGGUGCCGCGAACCAAGGACAGUUGUUUGAAGCCUACAACAUGGCCAAACUAUGGGACUUGCCUUGCGUGUUCGUCUGUGAGAACAAUGGAUACGGUAUGGGAACAAGUAUGGAGCGGUCUUCAGCCAGCACGGACUACUACUCGCGCGGUGACUACAUCCCUGGUAUCUGGGUGGACGGUAUGGACGUGCUUGCUACCAGGGAGGCGACCAAGUUCUGUAUCGACUGGUGCACAAGCGGAAAAGGUCCAUUAGUCAUGGAGAUGGAAACAUAUCGUUACUCCGGCCACUCUAUGUCGGACCCUGGCACCUCGUACCGUACUCGUGAUGAGAUCCAGGAAGUCCGUCAAACCAGGGAUCCCAUCACCUCCUACAAAGACAAGAUUCUGAGCAACGAACUCGCAACACCUGACCAACUUAAGGAAAUCGACGCAAAAGUACGUCAAGAAGUUGACGACGCUACAAAGCAGGCGAAGACCGAGCCUGAGAUCGGUAUCGAGGAGCUGGCUGGAGACAUCUACGUCGACUGCAUUGACCCUGUCAUCCGAGGCGUAAUCCCUAACGCGCCCCUACAACACAUCUCCGUCGCUCAACGCAAUUAG